GAAUCCAUGGCUCCAGGAAAACAGGACGAGAGGAGACGGUGCCGUGUCUAGAGAUAAGCAAGGCAAGAGUGCGCUGUUUGCGGCAGUGACGUUUUAGGUAAACACAUUCUCGAUAAGCGUGUCUAAGAGUGAUGAUGCACUGCAUGCACUAGGGGAGUGAUGAUGCACUGCAUGCACUACGGGAGUGAUGUCAGCGCAGGCCCAAGCUGACUGCUUAUUCCUGUGUUUCUCUUAGAAAGACCACGUUCACAACGAGAAGUUCCGUUAGAAGCCAUCAUGGAGGCGUUGUCUUAUAUCGCGUACACGCUCGCUGUGGCGGUGGUCCUAGCGUUCGGCCUGAGCGCGUGUGCGUAUGCGGCGUAUCGCGAGAUGCUGCAAGGAGGGCCCGACUCGCCCGAUUUCUUCCUCACUGCGCGGCGAUCCGUCAAGACCUUCAUGGUCGCAUGGUCCUUCUUCGCCUCGGCCAUGGGUUCCUGGGCUCUCUUCGGCCCGCCCAGCUACUGCCUCACUGCGGGGGCCACGGGCACACUCGUCUACUCGAUCUUUUCCGGGCUGCCCGUGCUGCUCGUGGCGUGGCUGGGCAGCGCGGUGCACCGUUUAGUGCCAGACGUGGUGUCCAUGGCAGACUAUGUGCGACGGCGAUUCGGCCUCGCCUUUUCGCUCUACAUCUCGCUCUUGAUGGUGCUCAACAUGGCCAUCGCCAUGACAGCCGAGUAUACCGCAGUGGGCGACCUCUUUCAGCACGUUCUGGGCGCGCCCAGGGUGCCCAUCGUACUCCUUAUAGGCGCCACCGCCAUGCUCUAUACUGCAGCGGGGGGCCUCUAUGUUUCGAUUGUCACCGACCAAUGGCAGGCUCUAGCCAGCAUUAUCUUCACCGCAUUCCUCACUGCCCUCGUGCUCGCCACCUUCCCCUCGCCCCUCCCUCCGCUGCCGCCCAAUCUUGGCUGGUCGAACCCCCUCGGCCUCGCGUCGUUUGUCUUCAUGCCAGUCUCUCUUUUGGCAACCACUCUUUUCAAUGAAGCCAUGUGGCAACGCUGCUGGGCGUCAGCCAGCCCUUCGUCGCUGCUGUGGGGAGCAGCGCUGGGUUCAGCAGCAAUCACCACAGUCGUGUCACUGCUCGGAUUCGCAGGACUCUUAGCAGCGUGGAGCGGCGUCUACCAGCCCUCAGGCCCGGACGACAGCGGCAACACCAUACUCUUCUCGCUCUUCCGCCACCACAACUGGGCGCUCGUUACAGUCACGCUGCUCUCAGUCACGAUGAGCGAGUCCGCCGUCGACUCCCUGCAGAACGCCAUGGUGGACACCAUCUCCUCCGACAUAGCAGGUGUCGUCGCCGCGCUCAGGUGUAGAGAGGGGAGGAGUCGCUUGCCAGGCAAGGGUGGGACGGGUGGCGCUGCACCGCCUGUGCAGUCCAAGGGUAUGCGCCCUGCUGACUCUGCUCACUCGCAGUUGGAGGUUCCAGGGAGCCUGAAAGCAGGGAGUGAAUCAGCAGAGCCCUCACCUGCGGUUGCUGUCACCACCAUCCUACCAUCGCCAGACCCUGCUGUUCCACAACCUGACUCCACCCCUCCCCACCACCCCUCUGGCCUCAGCAUCUCGUCGAUCCGAGCCCUCGUUCUCAUCCUUAAUAUACCGCCGCUGCUUGCCUCGCUACAAGGCUUCAACGUUCUACAGCUCUUCCUCCUUAUAAACCUCAUCAACACCACAUCCUUCCUCCCACUGCUCCUGGGCAUUCUACAGGGUCCUCUCUCCCGUGUCUGUGUCACCCCCUCAUCAUCUGUGACUGGAUGCUGCUCCGGCCUACUCUCGCUUGUUGUCUGGGCUAAGACGCAGCAGAUGCCUGGGGAAAGCUAUUUCGACGCACUUUCCAGGACGUUUCUAGAUGCUUAUGAUUAUCCACCCUUUUUGCUUGCUUUAGGGUUCUCUGCUGUUGGGAUGGCUGUAGGUGCUGGUGUAGAAGCGGUGGUUAGGAACUACUGGAGAAUAGAGUACCCUCCGUAUGACCUUGAUGAUGGUAAAGAAAAAGACUUCGAAGAAUCUAGGAACUUGUUAGGUUAUUAGGUUGUCUUAGAAUUGAAAUAGUCGAAUGACUAGAGAACCUGGGUACUGUUGUGAUAUGAUUGAUACUUAGCAUUUCUGU